GCCUCCCAGAUAUAGUGCGGCACGGGGAGGAGGUGGCAGGCAGUUGGUGAGGUGCGCUCCGCGGGUGCGGAGUGGCUGCGUGGACGGCAGCGGGGGUUUGCCUGAUCUGGUUGAGCACCUCUAACUUGGAACUGUCCACCGGUGCGAGCUGCUGAACAUGAGUCUUCUGCCUCUCUACCUGCUCGGAUUGCUCCUCAGUAGCGGGCAAGCUCUACUUCAAGUUACAAUUUCACUUAGCAAAGUUGAGCUGAGUGUGGGUGAAUCCAAGUUCUUCACAUGCACGGCCAUUGGUGAGCCUGACAACAUAGAUUGGUACAGUCCACAAGGGGAGAAGAUUGUUUCUAGUCAAAGAGUGGUUGUUCAGAAAGAAGGUGUUCGAUCACGUCUGACCAUUUACAAUGCAGAUAUAGAAGAUGCUGGUAUAUAUCGAUGUCAAGCAUCAGAUGCUAAAGGACAAACUCAAGAAGCUACUGUUGUUUUGGAAAUUUAUCAAAAACUCACUUUCCAAGACAUAGUAUCUCCACAAGAGUUCAGGCAGGGAGAAGAUGCAGAAGUUGUUUGCCAUGUUACUAGUUCACCUGCUCCUGUUGUCAGCUGGUUAUAUCAGAAUGAGGAAGUCACAACUAUUGCUGACAAUCGAUUUGCUGUAUUAGCAAACAAUAAUCUCCAAAUUCUUAACAUCAAUAAAAGUGAUGAAGGAGUAUACAGAUGUGAAGGAAGAGUGGAAGCAAGAGGAGAAAUUGACUUUCGGGACAUAAUUGUUAUUGUGAAUGUUCCCCCAGCAAUUACUCUGCUACAGAAAUCUUUUAAUGCCACUGCAGAUCGAGGAGAGGCAAUAACUUUAUUCUGCAGAGCCACUGGAUCACCUCCACCUGAAAUCAGUUGGUACAGGAAUGGUAAACUUAUUGAAGAAAAUGAAAAAUACAUGCUAAGAGGAAGCAAUACAGAACUAACAAUAAGAGAUAUAAAGAACACUGAUGCGGGUCCUUAUGUCUGUAAUGCUAAAAACAAAGCAGGAAAUGAUAAAAAACAGACAAUCCUUCAAGUUUUUGUACAGCCUCAAAUAAUACAACUUAAAAAUGAAACCACGUUUGAGAAUGGGAAAGCCACCCUUAUCUGUGAAGCAGAAGGAGAACCCAUCCCAGAGAUUACUUGGAAAAGGGCCAUUGAUGGAGUAACUUUCUCUGAAGGUGACAAGAGCCCAGAUGGCCGUAUAGAAGUCAAAGGGCAGCGUGGAAAAUCGUCACUGCAUAUUAAAGAUGUGAAGUUGUCAGAUUCAGGGAGAUAUGACUGUGAAGCUGCAAGUAGAAUUGGUGGGCACCAGAAGAGCAUGUACCUUGAUAUUGAAUAUGCUCCAACAUUUGUGUCAAAUCAAACUAUGUAUUACUCUUGGGAAGGUAAUCCCAUCAAUAUAAGCUGUGAGGUGCUAGCAAAUCCGUCUGCCUCAGUUCAGUGGAGAAGAGGAAAAUCAGUUUUACCGGUAAAAAACACAACACAUCUGAAGACCUACAGUACAGGAAGAAAGCUGAUUCUAGAGAUUGCUCCCACAUCUGACAGUGAUUUUGGACGGUAUAAUUGUACAGCCACAAACAGAAUAGGAACAAGAUAUCAAGAGUAUACACUUGGUCAAGCUGAUGUGCCAUCAAAUCCUUCUGGAGUACGAGUUUUAGAGUUGUCACAAACUACUGCCAAAGUUUUGUUCAAUAAGCCAGAUUCACAUGGAGGUGUGCCCAUUCAUCAUUACCAAGUGGAUGUAAAAGAGGUAGCCUCAGAUACCUGGAAAAUAGUUCGCUCCCAUGGAGUUCAAAGCACUGCAAGUUAAAGCAGCCCCAACCAUCUUCUGAUUUAUACAGCAGGAAGUGAAUGAUAGUUUUGCAGCUAUCAGCACAGUGAUGGGAGAAAAAAAUGUAGUAUAGCAUAUGAUCUAAUGUGUGUUAUUUCUUUGCCUUUUGCAUCCCAUAACCCACACACAAAAAUGCUCUACUAAGCAGACCAUGUUCCAAAUCAUGGAAGCAUUUUAAAGAAAAAUUAAUGAACAUGUAGUUAACAUAUAUUCAAAGAAAGACUCCGUAUCUUCUGUUUUUCUUAACCAAACACAGAAACUGUGUGUAUAAAUGUAAUACUGUAAAUCAUAGUAGCAUUAAUUUUAGUCCAGUAAGCUAGUUUUUCUUUCAGUACUAGAAGAUCUAAAGACAGUAUGUUUCCUCCAGUUGCAGGGCAUACGCAUUAAUGAACAUUAGUCUACCUCUUCCCUUUUUUUCAUGUUACGUUUCAGAUCAAGUUUGACACUUUUUUCUCAUAGCUGCUUCCUUCAGCAAAUGGGCAAUAACUUUCUCUGAUGGGAACUACACUAUACCAAAUACAAAAACUGGAGUGACCAGUCUGAGUAAUAGGGUGCAGUGUACUCAAAUGAGGCCAAGCCCGGUAACUAUGGAGUGCAAUCAUAUGGAUGCAUAAUUUAAAUGUAAAGCCAGAAAAAAAAAAAAAAAAAAAAAAGUUCUAUGUUAACUUUGUAGAAAAGUGUAUUUGCGUUGCUUCCCAUAAAGCUUUAUUUUCUAUUAUUUCUAUUAGUGUGAAGUUUAUGAAAAGAUUAAUUGAUUACAUUAGGGAAAGAUGUAUAACUUGACAGACUCUUGUUAUUAGAGUUGCCUGGAGCUUCCUGUGAAAGUUCACAUUGAUUUUGAAACAUUCUUUCAGUGUUACAUGGCCUUAAGUGGUAAACAGCUAAUUUUGAAGGUUUCUGUAUAACAUGAUUUGAUCUUUUUGGAACUUUUGGAACAGUACAAUAACUGUUUGAAUUGUAAUUUAUUCUAAAAAACAGAGUAGAAUGGCAGGUACAGAAACCUGCAAUCAUCAUGAAGACAAUACCACUGUGAAGUAGAUUGUGGGUAUUUAGGAUCUCUGCUGCUGUUCCUAAUAAAAGUGAAUAUACAGCUUCUUUGAGAAAAAGUCUCUAAAUGCUGCCAUGUUGUUUCCCUAUGUCUUCCUUUUUCCAAUUUGCCUUUUUGUAAUUUAUUCUCCUUUCUCACUUGGAAG